UGAAUAUCUGUCAGGUAACUCAACUCUUCUCUGAUGUCAUGUGGAGUAAUUGAAACCUUGCUGCAGGCUGCAGCCAUGGAGCCGACCAACCGGAUCCCCGCCUCUCACCGGACACUAAAUUCCGCUAUGAGGAGACGAUCGGCUGCGGGAACAUGGCGCAUGCACUCCGGAUCCACUUCCACCAGGAAAAACUUGGAAAAGUCGCCACAUAGUUCACUUAUCUCCACAUAUCUGUAGUCCUGUGGUAUCUGAUUACGCCAGAGAAGCGGUGGAGGACUUCUGGACUAUUUUUUGGAUGGUGUGUGAAAGUUUUCCUGCUGCUGGGGGAUGAAAGUCUGGAGCUGCGGUCGCCGGAUUUAGCGGAGAUGGAAAAGCAAAGGGCGAGGAAGGAGAAGUUCUCUCUUUUUGGCUCUCGCUCCACCAGCAGAACCACCAACCCUCCCUGUUCAUCUUCCUCUUCCUCCUCUCCUGUGAUCCCUUCAGUCUCUAUAGGGAGACGGGCCGAUCGGCUGUCGGGCCCCGGCCCCGCCGCUCUGAGCAAGGCUGAGUUCCUGGAGCGAGUGCGUUGCAGUAACCAGGCUUGCCAGCAGGGGGAGUUUGCAUUGGCUGUACGCCUCUACACGGAGGCCCUCACCGCCGACCCCCAAAACUGCAUCCUGUACAGCAACCGCUCCGCAGCUUAUCUAAGGCUGGGCCAGUACAGCAUGGCGUUGGAUGACGCCAUCAAAGCUCGCCUCAUCAACCCCAAAUGGCCCAAGGCUUAUUUUCGUCAGGGGGUUGCCCUGCAGUACCUGGGUCGUCACGCCGACGCCCUGGCAGCAUUUGCCUCCGGCCUCGCGCAAGACCCCAAGAGCCUCCAGCUGCUCGUCGGGAUGGUGGAGGCCGCCAUGAAAUCACCUCUCAGAGACUCUCUUGAGUCCACCUACCAACAACUGCAGAAGAUGAAGCUGGACAAGAGUCCAUUCGUGGUCGUGUCCGUCAUUGGCCAGGAGCUGCUGACCCACGGUUUCCAUGGAGCUUCAGUGGUAGUGCUGGAGGCGGGGCUAAAGAUCGGCACAUGUUCCUUAAAGCUGCGCGGGUCGGUCUUCUCUGCUCUGAGUUCUGCGUACUGGUCUCUUGGCAACGUGGAGAAGAGUAUGGCUUACAUGCAGCAGGACCUGGAGGUGACGAAGACCUUAGGUGACCAGUCAGGAGAAUGCCGUGCUCAUGGGAACCUCGGCUCGGCCUUCUUCUCUAAAAGCAAUUACAGAGAAGCACUGGCCAAUCACAGAAAGCAGUUAGUCCUGGCCAUGAAGCUCAAGGACAGGGAGGCUGCGUCCGGCGCCCUCAGCAGUCUGGGCCAUGUAUACACCGCCAUCGGGGACUACCCCAACGCCCUGGCCAGCCAUAAACAGUGUGUGCUGCUGGCGCGACAGACCCAGUGCCAGCUCUCCGAGGCCCGUCAGCUGGGCGACAUGGGUGCGGUUUAUACCGCGCUGGGAGAUUUCACCAACGCUGUGCAGUGUCAUGAGCAGCACCUGGACAUCGCUAAGACUUUGGAGAACCGGCGAGAGGAGGCGCGAGCGUACAGCAACCUGGGCAGUGCCUACCAUUCGCAGCGGGACUUUGACAAGGCCAUAUCGUACCAUACGAGAGUGCUGGAGUUGGCGAAGGAGCUGCCAGACAGAGCGAUCGAGAUGAGGGCGUUCGCGGGUCUGGGACACGCUGCCCGAUGCAUGCAGGACUUGGAGCGGGCACUUCAGUACCACCAGAACCAGCUGGAGAUCGCUCAGGAGCUGCAGGACAGAGCGGCACAGGGUCGAGCUUCCUCUAACUUGGGCAUCAUUCAUCAGAUGAAGAGGGAGUAUGAAGCAGCGCUGAAGCUCCACAAAGCCCAUCUUUCCUUCUCUCAGGAGCUGGGGGACUACGCUGCCCAGGGGAGGGCCUACGGUAACAUGGGCAACGCCUACCACGCACUAGGCAUCUACGACCAGGCGGUGCGGUACCACCGCCAAGAGCUGCAGAUCUCUCUGGAGGUGAAUGAUCGUCCAUCGCAGGCCUCCACACACGGUAAUCUUGCCGUGGCUUACCAGGCACUGGGCGCACACGACCGAGCUCUGCAGCACUACCUUCACCAUCUGACCAUCGCACGAGAGCUCCGGGACACUCAAAGUGAAGCAAGAGCCUUAGCAAACUUGGGUAACUUCCACAGCUGGAGAGGGGAAUAUGCUCAGGCUUUGCCGUACUACCAGCAGUACCUGGCUUUGGCUCCAGGCCUGCAGGACCUGGAGGGGGAGGGAAAAGUUUGCCACAACCUCGGCUAUGCUCACUACUGUCUGGGACAGUACAGAGAUGCAGUCAGGUAUUAUGAGCAGGAUCUGGCUUUGGCUAAAGACCUCCAGGACAAGUUAGCACAAGCCAAAGCCUACUGUAACCUCGGUCUUGCCCACAAAGCCCUGGGAGAGUACAGCAAAGCAGAGGAGUGUCAGAGAUACCUGCUGUCUCUAGCACAAGCCUUGGAUAACUCACAGGCGGUUUUCAGAGCCUUUGGGAACCUCGGGGAUGUGUGUGUGUGCCGGGGUGAUCUCCCAGGAGCUGUGAGGUUCUACCAGCAGCAGUUAACCUUCGCUCAGAAUGCCAGCAAUCAGAGGAUGGAGGCGGAUGCCUACGCAGCGCUUGGAUCGGUUCACAGGCUGCUUCGCCAGCUGGAUUCAGCCUUGUCCUUCCACAGCCAGGAGCUGACCGUUCGAAAGGAUCUAGGGGAUCAGCAGGGAGAGUGUCGGGCCCUUGGCCACCUGGCGGCGGUCCACAUGGCCUUGGGAGACUAUGCUACAACUUUCCAGUGCUACGAGACCCAGUUGGGCCUGGCGCAGGGGCUCAGGGAUGCCUGUCUGGAAGCCCAGGUCCAUGGAAACAUGGGCAUCACCAAGCUGAACAUGGGGGUGUUCGAGGAAGCUAUUGGAUAUUUUGAGCAGCAGCUGGCCAUGCUGCAGCAGCUGAGUGGAAGUGAGAGCAUGCUGGACAGGGGCAGGGCUUACGGGAACCUGGCAGACUGCUAUGAUGCUCUGGGAGACUAUGAAGAAGCUAUUCAGUACUACGAGAAGUACCUGACGGUGGCUCAAAGUCUCAACCACGUCCAGGAUCAAGAGAAAGCCUACAGAGGACUCGCCCAUGCGUACAGGUCCAUGGGAAGCCUCCAACAAGCACUAGUGUGCUUUGAGAAGAGGUUAGUGGUAGCGCACGAGCUCGGUGGGGAAGGAGGGGGUAAGGCUCAGGCUUAUGGGGAGCUUGGUACCUUGCAUAGCCAGCUGGGCAACUACGAGCAAGCCCUGUCCUGCCUGGAGCAUCAGCUGAGCAUUGCACGCUCAGCAGGGGAUAAAUCCCUGGAGGCAGAGGCAAGCGAUGCACUCGGAGCCGUUUAUCAGCUGAUGGCAGACUAUGAGACAGCUUUACAGUGGCACCAAAGGGCGCUGGACAUCGCAGAGCAGAUGGGAUGUGUGAGGAGUCAGGGUCGAGCCUAUGGAAACUUGGGUCUGACCUACGAAGCUCUGGGAAAAUACGAGCGAGCCGUGGUCUUCCAGGAGCAGCACCUGAGCGUGGCGGCGCAGACCAACGAUCUAAUGGCUAAAACUCUGGCUUAUGGGAGCCUCGGAAGGACACACCAUGCACUGCAGAACUACGCUCAGGCAGUGAUGUACCUGCAGGAGGGUCUGCGUCUGGCAGAGCAUUUGGGUCGCAGAGAAGAUGAAGCAAAGAUUCGCCAUCGCCUCGGCCUCUCUCUGUGGGCCAGCGGAAACCUGGAGGAGGCGCAGCAUCAGCUGUACAGAGCAUCUGUGUUAUUCGAGACAAUUCGUCACGAGACGCAGCACAAUUUGGAUUAUAAGCUCUCCCUGUUUGACCUGCAAACCAGCUCCUACCAGGCUCUCCAGAGAGUCCUCGUCAGCCUUGGCCGGCAUGACGAGGCGCUGGCCAUAGCUGAGCGAGGACGAACACGUGCAUUUGCUGAUCUGCUGGUUGAACGCCAGAAAGGAAGUCAGCAAGCAGCGAGCGCUGACCCGUACAUCCCGGUCACCGUGGAGCACAUCCUGGAGACGGUCAACAAUCAGAAAGCCGUGGUCCUCUACUAUUCUCUGGCUGGAGGAUUUCUGUACAGCUGGCUGAUAUCUCCCGGCACAGGGAUUGUGAAGUUUAACGAGGUGUAUCUGGGAGAAGCCGGACCAGAGGCGUCUGAGUUUCAGGAUGGAGGAGGGAGCCCACAGUGUCUCAGUCCCCUGUCUCUGGAGCAGUACAUCUGCAGUGUCAGAGAGGCUCUGGGAGUGGACAGCCAUUACAGCAGAGUUUGCUCCAGCAGCGAGACGGAGAGUGAAGCUGGAGAUCUGUUGGAGCAACAGUUUGAGGAGCUGAACAACAAACUCACCUCAGCCACUGACCCCUCAGGCUACCUCCGCAUGGUGUCCAGAAACAACCUGUUCAACAGAAGCUGUCAGAGCAUGACGAGUCUGUAUAGUACCACAGUGUCUCCUGCAAAGGACGGCUUAUCUUCUCCUCACUGGCGACCGAGUAAUGUUGGCAAACCCCCUCUGCGAGCACUUUAUGACUUACUCAUUGCACCAAUGGAAGGGGGCUUGAUGCACAGCAGUGGACCUGUUGGCAGGAACAGACAACUUGUUUUGGUUCUGGAGGGAGAACUGUACCUCAUUCCAUUUGCCUUGCUCAAAGGCAGCUCUUCUAAUGAGUACCUGUAUGAGAGAUUCACCCUCAUUUCUGUACCUUCAUUAGCCAGCCUGCAAGCUGGAACCAAGCCUCAUCCUCGCCGCAGUGGUCCCUUGCUUUGCCCAGAUGGAGGCUCAGUGGCUGCAGUUGUCGGGGCUCCUCACCUGCCCCCCAGCGUCAUGGACCGCUGGCUGUGGGGGCCAUUACCCUCAGCCCAAGAGGAAGCUCUUUGGUUGGGGGAACAGUUGGGAUGUCACCCCCUCACUGGAGUAAACGCCACAAAGGAGCGUGUUUUAGCAGCACUCACUCAGGCGGAGUGCGUCCACUUUGCGACUCAUAUCUCCUGGAAGCUCGCCGCGUUGGUCCUUGCACUGAACCAAGAGCAUUCCGGAGGGGAGGGGCAGGGCCUCCGACCCAAAGAGAAGCAAAGAGACAGCAGCCCAGAGAGACUGAGAGGUGCAGAUGAAAGGAGUGAGGAUGGGGAGAGUGUCUGUGACAGCCCACCGCUCCAGGACUUCCUCCUCACCGCUGCUGAUAUACUGGACCUGUGUCUGACAGUCAAAUUAGUGGUUCUCAGGUUGUACCCAGAGUCCAGCAGCAGGGUCACCGCUGACGGGAUGGUGGGUCUGACUAGAGCCUUCUUGGCUGCAGGUGUCCAGUGCGUGUGCGUCUCCCUGUGGCCUGUACCGAUUGCUGCAUCCAAACUGUUUACACACACCUUCUACACUGCCCUACUGAACGGGACCAAAGCCAGCGCAGCUUUGACAGAAGCCAUGAAGACUCUGCAGAGCAGCAAGCACUUCUCACAUCCCUCCAACUGGGCUGGUUAUAUGCUGAUUGGCAGUGAUGUGAAGCUCAACAGCCCCAUGUCGCUGGUUGGACAGGCCCUGGCAGAGAUCCUCCAGUACCCAGACAGGGCCAGGGAUGCCCUCAGGGUGCUGCUGCACUUGGUUGAAAAGUCUUUGCAGCGCAUUCAGAGUGGCCAGUGUAACCCGAUGUACACAUCACAGCAAAGCGUUGAGAACAAGGUUGGCGGGGUGCCCGGGUGGCAGGCUCUCCUAUCGGCGGUGGGCUUCCGGUUGGACUUCUCAGGCAGCGGUGCUGGUCUCCCUGCGGCAGUUUUCUUCCCCACAUCGGACCCUGGAGACCGGCUGCAGCAGUGCAGCACCACUCUGCAGUCUCUGCUCGGUCUGACUCCUCCAGCACUGCAGGCUCUUUGUAAACUGGUCACAGCAUCUGAAGCCGGAGAACAGCUCAUUCUCAAGGCAGUUAAAAGCAUGGUGGGAAUGCUUCAUCAAGUGCUGGUGCAGCUGCAGUCAGGCGACAAAGAGCAAGACUUUCCGCUGGCUCCUAUUCAAGUGUCGAUAAGUGUGCAGCUCUGGAGGCUCCCAGGCUGCCAUGAAUUCCUGGCUGCACUCGGUUUUGAUCUGUGUGAGGUGGGUCAGGAGGAGGUCGUCCUGAAGACUGGAAAACAGGCCAGCAGACGUAACAUGCAUUUUGCCCUUCAGUCUCUUCUUGCUCUGUUUGACUCCACAGAGCUCCCGAAGCGACUGAGCAUGGACAGCUCUUCUUCUCUGGAGUCUCUGUCCUCCUCCCAGUCAGCCUCCCAGCCUCACUCUUUACCCCUCUCCCUCAGCUGUUACCCACCUCAGCCCUCCUUCUUACCCCCAGUCUGCCCUGACAACCUCUCCUGCGAUGCCAUCUCAGUUUACAGCCUCAGCUCCCUUGCCUCCUCUCUCAGCUUUCUGUCCCGUCCAGAGCCCGCAGGAAGUGACAUCAUCAGCCAGCGCUCGCAUCCUCAGGAGCCAGAGAAGCAUUAUAGAGGGGGAGGAGGAGGGAGGGGCCUCUACACCUCGCAACGCCACUCAGGCGGCCUCUCAAAAGGUAGACUGACCAAUCAUGGAGGAGGAUCAGCAGGAGGAGAGGAUGAAGAGUAUGAGGGGUUCUCCAUUAUCAGCAGCGAGCCGUUGGGACGAGGAGGAAGGGAAUGUGAUACUCUGCCGCUGCCUGCAGGACACCGACAUGGCAGAGGUGCUGGUAGAGGAUCUGCAGGAAGUCAUCCUCUAACAGUUUCCUCAAAGGGAAGCAUCAGCACCCCUACAUCCCCGCUUAAAGCUCCGCCGCUGCCCCUCGCCAGCCCUGACAGCCCCAAGACCAAACAGGAAGUUGUAUCUCCUCAGCGGACUGGGAAAGGGAAGGUUAGUAGCUCCGAGUCGGACCAGUCCAGCACUGAGACAGACAGCACAGUCAAAUCCCAGGAGGAGAGGAUGGGACCUGCAGGACAACUGGACCCUCAGGAACUGGCCCAGAAGAUCCUGGAGGAGACCCAAAGCCACAUGCAAGCUGUGGAGAGCAUGCAAAUAGCAAACAUCAGAGGAAAGACUCUCAGGGGAGCUGAGGGGCGAGAGGACGCUUGUCCCAGACAGCCAUCAGUGUCUACACCCACAACUCCAACUUUUACUCCUACUGGUGGUGCACGAGGGUUUCAGCCCUCUGAGACCAGUGCAUUUAGCAGACCUCCCAGCAGGGCAAGUCUGAAGGCUCGCUCCUCUCCUUUUUCUGUCUCUAAACAUCUUUCACCCCUCUCUACCUCUGUCCCAACGCCUCCUCCAACCCGACCUAAACCUCCAUCCCGCUCCUCAUCACUGCAAAAAAUCAGCUCAGGCUACAAAAGUCCAGCCAACUCCUCCCCGUCUUUGUCUGUGCCCAUGAAAGAGAAGAGUUCCCCCCUCCCUGUGGUUCAGACUCAGCUCAAACCAAAACACCCCAUCUCACAUUACACCUCCAGCAUCUCUCCUUCACACUCCCCCGCCGACAGCGCCCCAUCGCCAGCCCUUUCCUAUUCCUCCACAGGGUCCUUUUCACCAUCUUCCAGCUUGGCAAACACUCCUGAGCUCAACCAGUCAAAGCAAGACAACAAAGUCCAGGCCAUCCAUAACUUAAAAACCUUCUGGGCCAACGUCAGCCAGAAACAGGAAGCUCGCUGCAAUGCCAGUUUACUCCGAAGUGGAAAUAAGAAAAUGAGUACAGUUCAGAAAGAUGUUCUAGGUCUGCUGAACCUCUCACCAAGGCAUGAGUCUGUCAGAAAAAACAGGGAACACAAUGCUGACAGACCAAACGGUCACCAAAAUCAGGAGGCAAAACCACCUCCAGCUGCUCCUCCAAGUCAGUCCACAAACUCUAAAGGAGGCGUCAGACUUCCUUCUGGGAAUGGCUACAAGUUUCUCUCACCUGGACAGUUUUUCCCAUCCUCUAAAUGUUGAGAUUUUGGAUGUUUGCCCUGCUGAAAUCCCGGCCAGCAGGCCGAUCUGCUGACUCGGUUGUACAGUGACGAAGCUGCCCGUUUUUCAGUGAGAUACACUUUUAGCAACCCCUGCUGAAGACGAGUCUAACAGAAGUACCGUUUCAUACUUGCCUGAUUUUACAUGCUACUUUUUGUUGUGUGAAGGAUGUAAAUGAUUUGAACGUGAUGAUUGUGCCUUUUAUGACGCGCUGGGAGAAGUGUUUGAGUCUCUGGCUUUAGAUGUGUCCUUAUCUCUUACCCAGAUAGCAAAAGAUGUUUGGUCCAAAUAUGGCCCACCUCUGCAGUUUUGUUUGGUCCAUAUUUGGUCUUGACUUACUACUUUGAUUCCACGUGAGUGUGGCUGCUAAAAUUCAGCCACGUGACCACCGCAUGUGGCUCAAAAGGAAAUGACUGUAAUUUAUGUUCAGGCCAGCUCUUCAUUUUUGGACCACUUCUGGCCCACACAAGACUUGCUGUAAUCCACUUCCAAACCAACAUCUGACAUCUGGACCGCAUGUGGCCCACAAGACAUUUCCCAAACCCCCAUGUCCAGGUCUGCACCUGACACCUGGACCACAUCUGGCCCAUACAUCACUUACCAGUGCCAUAAUUGAGCCACAAGUGCCAAAUGUAUCACCAGAUUAGGCCCAAAUGUGUCUGCUAUCUGGAGACUAGAGAGCAUGUGUGUUGAUGUUUUGACUAACAGUCUGUUGACUGAAUGGAGAUUUUUUUUAAUUUUAUGUCAACCUAAAUGCUCGCUAUGUUUGUGUAAGUUGAUCUGAAUUUGAUUUUGAUUUAUUAUGUAAAAGAUAAGAUUGUUAAAUGUCUUGUCAUUUAUUUGGUUGUUUUACAGUAAUUCUUACACAUUUUAUAAAUACAAUUAAAAAAGACAAAGGUCAUGAAUACACACGGAUAUUUUCAUGGAAGUUUUGUUUCGUGGGUUUUGACAUCUUAUGGGUUUCGAGUGUUUUGUUAAGUUUAUUGUGUUUCUUUUGCAGCAGUGCCAGAAUUUAGAAAAACCUCCCUUCUCAAGACAAAUGAAAAUGUUCCUUUUUUGUCUUGACUUCAUGUCACAAAUCCAAUUUGAAAAAAAAAAUCUUUACAAAUUCAUUAUGUUUAAGAUGAACACAAUAGAUAA